GGCUGGAAAAAAACGGCUGGGGCCCCCCCCCCCCCCCCUUAAAAUAAAUACUGACAAAGUCGACAAAUCCGUGUUUCCGUUGUUGUUCAAGGAAUUGUACACAAAUGCAUUACGUCCAGCAUAUUGUACCGGCGGCUUUGCUAAGGCCGAUGUCUUCCCUUAUGACAAACGGGAUAUACUUCGAGAAAAAAUAUCGUAUUCAACGUCAUCGUCAUCAUUGAAUAGGCGGUUGAAUUUAACAAUGGCAUUGUCAACUGAAUAUUUGGUACCUGUUGCAGUUGAGGAUCAAUGUAGAAGAAACAACAGAUGUUAG